GAUCAUUCAUAUAUAUAUAUUAUUCUCCCACUCAAACACAGAUUUCCAUUUAUCACCGAAACUCUCUCUCUCUCGUAUAAGAUUCUUCAAUGGCCACAGUUACUAUUCCUCCGGUUCUUACUACGCCUCGUGACGAUGCUUCUCAGCUUUACCGUGCUUUCAAAGGCUUUGGCUGUGACACAGCAGCAGUAAUCAACAUCCUUGGCCACAGAAAUGCAGCACAGCGUAGUCUCAUCCAACAAGAGUAUAGGAUGAUGUACUCUACAGAACUCAGCAAGCGCUUGUCCUCGGAGCUUAGUGGACAUGUUAAGAAAGCUGUUUUACUCUGGCUCCAUGAUCCAAUAACGCGUGACGCAACGAUUGUGAGGCAUGCUUUGAGUACUGGAGAUGUUAUUGAUCUUAAAGCUGCUACUGAAGUAAUCUGUUCUCGGACUUACACCCAAAUUCAACAAUUUAAACAGACUUACUAUCAAAUGUUUGGUGUUAUUAUGGAGAGCGACAUUGAACGUCAAGCAUCUGGAGAUCACAAAAGGUUGCUGCUUUCAUAUGCAUGCACACCGCGUUAUGAAGGUCCAGAAGUUGAUAGAUCAAUGGCGGAAAUAGACGCCAAAGCACUGUAUAAGGCUGGGGAGAAGAGAUUGGGAACUGAUGAGAAGAUUUUCGUAAGGAUUUUCAGUGAAAGAAGCAGAGCCCAUUUGGCUGCUGUUAGUUAUGCUUACCAUAAUAUGUAUGGAAAUUCUUUAGAAAAGGCAAUUAAGAAAGAAACAUCAGGCCAUUUUGAGCAUGGCCUUUUGACUAUUCUUCGGAGUGCUGAAAAUCCUGCCAAGUAUUUUGCUAAGGUCCUACACAAGGCAAUGAAGGGUUUGGGGACAAAUGACAGUACACUCAUUAGAGUGAUUGUAACAAGAGCUGAGAUUGAUAUGCAGUAUAUAAAGGCAGAGUAUAGAAAAAAAUAUGGGAAAACAUUGAAUGAUGCUGUUUAUUCAGAGACAUCAAGCCAUUACAGGACCUUUCUACUUUCUCUUUUAGGCCCCAAUAAUUAGUUAGAGUACAUAUUUUCUGGGCACAUUGCAUAAAAAUAAAAAAAUGGAGUGAGUUAUUUCAUUUUAUUUUUUGGUUUAGUUUUAAAAACUGUUUGGGCAUUGUAGAAGUUUGAAAUUUCUUAGCUGGGGUACUGAGGUUGAUCUAAACCAUAGCUGUUCAUACUAGCUAGAUGCUAGGAAUGUACAUAUUCACUUAUUGUAACUAGCUUGAAAUUUGUUUUGUUUUUGUUUUUGGUUUGUUUUGAUUGGAGUUUGAAAUUUGUUUUGUAACUAGAUGGUUUAGUCUUUGGAAAAUGCCUUGUUCUGUAAACUAUUUUGUAACUUUUAAUCACUAAUUAAUGCAUUGCUGUUAUUAUCCAGAAAGAAAA